UUUCUGAGUUCUUACUAUUAAAUGUCUGAGUAUAUCCAUUAGUUAAACUAUUAAGUUGACCCUAGACACUCAUUCAAACUCAAACUUCUCGUACUCUUCUUCCAUUUCUUUUCCAUUCUCAUGGCUAUGCCUCGAUCAUCUUUCUUUUCCUUCUCUUAUGGAUUCACCUAUGACGUAUUCUUGAGUUUUAGGGGCACUGACACUCGCUAUGGUUUUACUGGAAAUCUCUAUAGAGCUUUAAGUGACGGUGGAUUCUGCACCUUCAUUGAUGAUAGGGAGCUUCAUGGAGGUGAUGAAAUCACACAAUCACUUGUCAAGGCCAUCGAAGAGUCCAUGAUUUUUAUUCCGGUCUUCUCUAUCAACUAUGCUUCUUCUAUAUUUUGUUUGGACGAACUUGUCCACAUCAUUCAUUGCUUCGACCAAGAGAAGGGUCGCAAAAUUUUACCUAUUUUCUAUGAUGUGGAACCUUCCCACGUGCGACAUCAGACUGGGAGUUAUGGCAAAGCCAUAGCUAGGCAUGAGAAGAGGUUCCAAAAUAACAAAGAAAAAUACAACUACAACAUGAAGAGGUUGCAUAAAUGGAAGAUGGCUCUUAACCAAGCAGCUAACUUGUCCGGCCACCAUUUUAAUCCUAGGAAUGAAUAUCAAUACAAGUUUAUAGGGGAUAUAGUCAAAAAUGUAUCCAACAAGAUAAAUCGUGCUCCUUUACAUGUUGUCGAUUACCCGGUUGGCAUGCAGUCUCGAGUCCUUAAAGUAAAUUCACUUCUAGAAGUUGCAUCUAAUUAUGAAGUCAAGAUGAUAGGUAUCUAUGGACUUGGAGGAAUGGGUAAGACAACUCUUGCAAGAGCAGUUUAUAAUUUCAUUGCUAAUCAAUUUGAAUGUGUAUGUUUUCUUCACAAUGUGAGAGAAAAUUCAGCAAAACAUGGUCUAGAGCAUCUCCAAAAGGAUUUUCUUUCCAAAACUGUUGGAUUGGACAUUAAGUUAGGAGAUAGUAGUGAGGGAAUUCCAAUCAUAAAGCAAAGGCUACACCGGAAAAAGGUUCUAUUGGUUCUUGAUGACGUUAACGAAUUGAAGCAGGUGCAAGUCUUAGCUGGAGGGCUUGAUUGGUUUAGUGUUGGUAGUAGGGUGAUCAUUACCACUCGAGACAAACACUUGUUAUCAAGUCAUGGGAUUGAACUAACAUAUGAAAUAGAUGAGUUAAAUAAGGAAGAAGCACUUGAAUUGCUUACAUGGAAGGCUUUUAAAAGUAAGCAAGUUAAUUCAAGUUAUGAGCACGUUCUAAACCGCGCAGUAAAUUAUGCUUCUGGCCUUCCAUUGGCAUUAGAAGUAUUAGGUUCCAACUUGUUUGGAAAGAAUAUAAAAGAGUGGAAUUCUUUGUUGGAUCGAUAUGAAAGGAUUCCUAAUAAAGAGAUUCAGAAGAUACUUAAAGUGAGUUUUGAUGCUUUGGAGGAAGACGAGCAAAGUGUUUUUCUCGACAUUGCUUGUUGCUUUAAAGGGUAUAACCUAAAACAGAUGGAAGAUAUGCUUUCUGAUCAUUACGGUCAAUGCAUGAAAUAUCAUAUUGGAGUUUUGGUUAAAAAAACUCUAUUAAGGAUUUGUCGGUGGAAUUACAGUGUCACAAUGCAUGACUUGAUAGAAGACAUGGGUAAAGAAAUUGUAAGACAGGAAUCAGUAAGAGAGCCUGGAAAACGUAGCAGGUUGUGGUUCCAUGAAGAUAUAUUUCAGGCCAUUGAAGAAAAUUCAGGAACAAGUCAAAUUGAAAUCAUACAUUUGGAUUUUCCACUACCUCAAGCAAUUGUAGAGUGGAAAGGAGAUGAAUUCAAGAAGAUGAAAAACCUCAAAACACUUAUUGUUAAAACUAGUUCCUUUUCCAAACCUCUUGUACAUCUUCCUAAUAGUUUAAAAGUACUGGAAUGGCAUGGUUUAAAGGAUAUACCAUCUGAUUUUCUUCCAAACAAUCUUUCCAUAUGCAAGUUACCCAACAGUAGCCUUACAUCAUUUAAGUUGGCUAACUCUUUGAAGGAAAGGGUAAUGAUUUCAUUUUCCUCGUCGUGUAUACAAAUAUAUUACCUUCUGACUAUUCACUUUUUCCGUUUUGGUUUAUCUUUUUUGCAGAUGUUCUUGGGUAUGAAAGUUUUACAUUUAGACAAGUGUUACAGGUUAACAGAAAUAAGUGAUGUAUCUAGUCUCCAAAAUUUAGAAGAAUUUUCAUUUAGAUGGUGUAGGAAUUUACUCACAAUUCAUGAUUCUGUUGGGUGCCUGAAAAAACUUAAAAUCUUGAAAGCUGAAGGUUGUAGUAAUCUCAAGAGUUUUCCACCAAUUCAAUUGACAUCUCUUGAACUACUUGAACUUUCAUAUUGUUAUAGGCUUAAGAAAUUUCCAGAAAUAUUAGUAAAGAUGGAAAACAUAGUAGGAAUUGAUUUGGAAGAAACUUCCAUAGAUGAAUUGCCAGAUUCAUUUCAAAAUCUCAUUGGGAUUCAAUACUUAAUACUAGAUGGACAUGGAAUUUUUCUUAGGUUUCCAUGUAGCACUCUCAUGAUGCCAAAACAAAGUGAUAAACCAAGUUCCAUGUUGUCCUCAAAUGUACAAGUUAUUGUGCUAACAAAUUGUAACCUAACAGAUGAAUCUCUUCCAAUAGUUCUGAGGUGGUUUACUAAUGUGACAUAUUUACACUUAUCAAAGAAUAAUUUCACAAUUCUUCCAGAAUGCAUCGAAGAACAUGGCUCUUUAAGAAUCCUCAAUCUUGUUUGCAUUAAAUUGUGAAUCUUUGAGUUCUCGUGUAGAAGCAUGCUACUGAAUCAGGUUUUGUGUUUCUUGUAUUUGGCAGCACUGGAAGUAGUUUUAGUUCCCCUAUUUGUUUUUCAUCUCCUUUGCAUAAAUGGAACAAUAGAAAACAAGUACCAGAACUAUUUUGAGUUUGGUUAUGUGAUUAUAUGAUAAUUUUGAUCCUUGAAUUUUAUUCUUAAGACAGGAGAAUUCUAUCAAAUUAUCUUUGCUGUAUAACAAGUUGUUUUGGAUGUGCUAUUCAUAUUUUAAUUACAAAA